CUCUCUCUCAAGUCUAUCUUCUGUUCUUGACGAUUAGGGUUUCUUCUAUAUGGUAUCAGAGCUUGAGACGAAAGUCUAGCGAUCCAGAGGACCACUCCUCUUCAUUUUUCUGCUUGCUGAUUUUUCAAUCGUCUUCGUUCACAAGGUAUUUGCACUUCACCAUGACUUCUUCUCAAACUGCACCGAGUUCUCAGUCUUCGCAAACUGUUACUCUUCCUCCUUCUCUGGCAUUCUUAGUAUCGAAUUUUAAUUCUUUGGUGAACAUCAAGCUAGAUAACUCGAAUUAUUUGUUAUGGCGAACUCAAGUCGAAAACGUGAUGACUGCCAAUGGUUUUCUUGGUUAUUUGGUUGGAUCUGUUGAAUGUCCUCCUUUUCAAAUACGAAAUACUGAAGGUGAAUUGGAAUCAAAUCCAGCUUUUGCCCUAUGGAAACUCAUUGAUUCUCAACUGCUAUCGUGCUUGACUUCUACGUUGUCUCAAUCUACUUUGCCCUAUGUUUUAGGGUUACAACAUAGUUUUCAGGUUUGGAAUUCUCUGAAUAGGCGAUAUAAUUCUCUAUCUCGAACACAUGUACAUGAGUUGAAAGAUCGUCUAUAUAAUUUCAAAAAGACCUCUACUAUGGAGGAAUAUUUGGACAAGAUUCAAGAAUUUGCACAAAAAUUAGAGGCGGCUGGUAAUCCUUUGGGAGAUGAUGAUCUUGUAUUUCAUACCUUACGUGGAUUGAAGAAAGGGUUUAAGAGUUUUAAAACUGCAAUACGAACUAGAGGAGAUACUAUUACCUUUGAAGAAUUGGUAAUGAUGUUAAAAAGUGAGGACAGUCAAAUGCUUAAUGACGAUGAUGAUGAAGACUGUACUCCUAGUACUGAACAUGCAUCUGCAUCUGCAUCUGCUUUGGUAGCUACUCAAUCUUCUAUUCCUGGAUCAUCAUCUACGCAACAACUUUUACCUGCUCAGUCUAGUAUGCCUCUAUCGUUUGAUGUUCCCAUGAGUAUCCCUAUGGUUUCUCCUUCUCAGAAUACUUUUGGCUCACAAGCUCAGCUUAUGUCUCCACACAUGAUGUUUUCAAAUCAGUUUCACAGACCCCAAAGAGGUUUUAAUAGAGGACCUCGAUUUCCAAGGAGACCUUGUGAUAUUUGUGGAAAAUCCAAUCACAUCACCAAUUUUUGUUACUAUAGGCCUUCUAUGUUUGAUCAAACAUCUGGAUUCCAGUGGAGAGGACCUUCUCAGUCUUUUGGAAUGUCUCAAGUUAGUAUGCCUCUGUCUUCAUAUGGAGUUCCUCAGUAUGGAAUGCCUCAAUCUGGUGGAAUACCGUUUGGAGUACCUUCGUUUUCUCAGUUUGGAAUGCCACAAACUAGUGGAAUACAGUAUGGUGGACCUCAGGUAUCUCAAUUUGGUGGAUCUCAGUUUGGUACUGGUAUGCCAAUGCACUCUUCUGGAUAUUCAGGAAAUACUAUGGGGUCAUCUCGAUCUCAGCCUACUUUGGCACCUGGUUUGUUAGGAAGUUCUCCUAAUUCUUCUGUUGUGUUUCCUGCUCAAGCACAUUUUACUGGAUUUCCUAGUAAUUCUGAUCGCACUGUUGCAUCGCCUAGGUCUGGCCAUCUCACUCCUAUGACUGCACAUGGUUUUUAUGGAGACUUCAAUCCUAACAAUAUGAGCAGUGCUGGUGCUUCCUCCUCCAAUCAGUGGUAUUUUGAUAGUGGAGCCACAAACCAUAUUACUCAUAAUCUGCACAACAUUGAUCAUCCUCAGCCAUCUGCUAUGUUUCAUGGUGUUCAAAUUGGAAAUGGGACUCAACUUCAAGUAGCUCAUACAGGUCAAGGACAAAGGUACUCAUCAAGUUCUCUACAGGGGUCCCUGUCACAGGGGCUCUAUCCUCUUCUAAAAUCCUCUAAGGCUUCAGUCUCUCAAGGUGCUGCUUUUGUGAGCACCGUUGACAAUAUCAUGUUGUGGCAUAGAAAGCUUGGUCAUCCUAGUACUCCUCUUUUUCAUUCUUUAAUAAAGCAAUGUAAUCUACCUAUUACUAGAAUAGGUAGCUUCAAUUGUUCUGCUUGUAACAUGGCUAAAAGUCAUAAGCUCUCUUUUCCUUUGUCUGAGACUAAAACUUCUUCUCCUUUUCAACUUGUUCACAUGGAUGUAUGGGGACCAUCUCCUAUUCCAUCUAAUAAAGGAUUUAGAUAUUACCUUCUUGUUAUUGAUGAUUGGGCAGGGAGUCACAUGGAUAGAAGGUCUACUACUGGUUUUUUGGCUCGAUUCUCUACUGAAGCUGAGUAUAGAGCCCUUGCUCAAACCACUGCUGAUAUUCUUUGGGUUCAUCAACUGAUGCUUGAUCUUCAUCUUACUCCUUCUAUUCCUUAUACUUUGUGGUGUGAUAAUCAAUCUGCAAUAGCCCUUGCAUCCAAUCCUAUCUUCCAUGCAAGGACUAAACAUGUUGAAGUGGACUAUCACUUUAUUCGAGAAAAAGUUCUGAACAAACAGGUUGAUAUUCAACACAUUGGGACAUUGGCACAGAUUGCAGAUAUGUUUACAAAAGCUCUGUCCAUAGCUCGAUUUCAAUUCUUGAAGACCAAACUCAUGGUCAUGGAGACUCCCAUGAGUUUGCAAGGGGCUGUCAAAAACAUUUCGGAAAUAGUUAUAAACGCAGUGAUCAAAACAAUGCUUUUGGAAGCGGUUAGUAGCAAGUUACCAUCAACUUGCUUCAGCUCAGUUGUGCAUUAUAGCCCACAAAUCAUGCGGAGUCGUAGGCUUUUCGUCUAA